AUGAUGCUGGACAAGAUCCAUCAUUCUCUCUCCAAGCAACAGAGAGAAUCUAAGCCGAGAGAGCCUCUGCCAGACGACCCUCAAUCACACAAAUAUAAUGUAAUCCGUCAAGUCAGUCGAGAGCAUGUUCAGCUCAAAAUAGCCGUAUCUCACACAAAUGCGACAAUCUCCGAGCUGACUGGGCUGCUUGCAGCAUACGAUGUCUUACUCACAGAAGCCACCUCCAUUGACUUGAAUGCCGAUUGCCCUUCUUCCCAGAUCGAUAAGUCUUCAUAUGUCGAAAAUUACUGCUUUGAUACUAGAAGCCUUGCCCUAAUGUUCUAUGACCCCGCGGAAAGGUGUCAGGCGGUCCACUGGGUUGUUGACGAAAUUGUUUGGAACAAUAUUCAGCUGGCACUAGCCUUAUCCUGCAGAAACAAGGCAAUCUCCGAGAUGACCAAGUUUCUUGUAGAAUACCAACUUUUACUCACCCACGCUACCGCCAGUGACCAUGCUAUCUACAGUGGCGAUUAUUCUCCGAGUGACGACGGUUCUCCUAGUGACAAUGGUUCUUUUAGUGACUAUGAUUCUCCCAGCAAGGAUAAUUCUCCCAGUAAGGGGAUUUCUCUUAAGGAUGAAGAUUUUCCGAGCGAUAAGCCUAACUCUGGUGACCUAGAUACUAGCCAUAUUUCGAAACAGGUGCUUGAGCCUUGGUCUAUCGAACGUCGUUGUCUGGAUGCCCAUACCCUUUAUCAACUGUACCACGACCCAUUCUCCUUGCAGCGAGAAACUUUUCACAUACUGCUCAACGAAGUAACAUUUACUCAUGUCCCACGGGAUAUCAAAGGUAAUUCACCACUCCUGUCUACUCGUGAAUACAACCGGCUUUUCAACCCAUCUUCCCUUCAACCAGAAGGGACAUGGAUCGAGGAUAUUUGGCUCUGCUCAACCACGGACACAUUACUUGCAGAAGCAGAGCAAAUGUGGCUGGAUGGUGACUCUCAGUGGGCAUACGAGAUCGCCGAUGAGAUUUCUGAAAAUCCAUCUCUGUCUCGUCAGGACUUUGUGCGAUGCAAAACCUUUCUUUGUGCGAUCCUUCACUUUCACAGGGACGAGCACCUCUCCAGUCAGCUUUUUCAUAAACUAUAUGAUAGCCACGUUGACGGCGAAUUUGGUGGGCCUGGAAAGGAGGCCUACCUCGGUGCACUGUGGUUCAUCGAAGCCAAGAGUCUCAUGGCCGCGGAAAGAUUUGAGGAUGCUAACUGGUGUUUCGAAGAAACUAUCAUGAGUACCCCUCAGUACAGCAUCAAGGCAGGUGAAUUGCAAAUCCUGUGCUGUUCAGUUGAUGAGUUCCGAGAGUGA